CCUAAAAAGCAAUCCAGUGAAGAAAAGGGCCUUAAAGAUAGGGCGAAAUUUAGGGCUAAGCAGAGCAUCAUGGAGGAGCCAUUGCUGAGGAGCAGCCAUGGACGCGCGGCGGAGGAGGUGGAUUCCAUUUCACGGCAGCGCGGCAUGGUCUCUUGCGGUGAUGGCUGCGGCCUAUCGGACCCGGAGGACCUGGCCAAGCGGCGCGCGACGACGAGGAAGCUGGUGAUCGCGAUUGGGCUCUGUAUCGUCUUCAUGAUUCUGGAGGUAGGGGGAGGGAUUAUAGCCGGGAGCUUGGCGAUCCUCACGGACGCGGCUCAUCUCCUCUCGGAUGUGGCCUCGUUCGCGAUCUCGCUCUUCGCGAUCUACGCCUCGGGCUGGGACGCGACCCCCAAGCAAUCCUAUGGCUUCCACCGGGUGGAGAUCCUGGGGGCGCUGGUUUCAAUUCACAUCAUCUGGCUCAUCACUGGGAUCCUCGUCUACGAGGCGGUCUCGCGUUUCUUCCACGACAGCCAGCCAGUGAAUGGUGGGCUCAUGUUCAUCAUCGCAACGCUUGGGUUGCUCGUCAACAUUGGAAUGAUGCUCAUCCUGGGAGAUCAUGGCCACGGCCAUAGCCACGGUCACAGCCAUAGCCACGGCCACGGCCACAGCCACAGUGGAGGAGGACACUCCCACCAAUCCCACUCUCACACUCACAGUGGAGGAUGCACUACUGUCGGUGACAAGGACAAAGAUCAUAAUCACGCUGACAGCGAUCACGACCACCAGCAGCACGAUCACGAAGAACACGGGCGAGAUCACGACCACCAGGAACAAGAUCACGGCCACCAAGAGCACGGCCACCAGGGACAGGAACAGCACGAUCACCAUGGGAGAAAAAGUGAUUCUUUUCUGAUACGUGUCGACUCGGAUCACGGCCCCAACCGUAUCAAGCUCGACAAAGAUCUGGACGAGCUCCGUGACCACGGUACGAGCAAGAACAGCAAGACCAGCAGCAUCAACGUGAGGGGCGCUUACUUGCACGUCUUGGGCGAUCUGAUCCAGAGCAUCGGAGUGAUGAUCGCGGGGGCGAUCAUCUGGUACAAGCCCGAGUGGAAGGUGGUGGAUCUGGUGUGCACGCUGCUCUUCUCGGUGCUGGUGCUGCUCACCACCGUCAACAUGUGGACGGAGAUCUCGGACGUGCUCAUGGAGAGCACGCCGCGGGAGAUCGACGCGACGAGGCUGGAGGAGGGGCUGCGGCGGAUUGGCAGCGUCCAGGCGGUGCAUGAGCUCCACAUCUGGGCGAUCACGCUCGGCAAAGUUCUGCUGGCGUGCCAUGUCAAGAUCGAGCGCGAUGCGGACGCGGACGAGGUGCUGCGCAACGUGAUCGAGUACUGCGAGCGCGAUUUUAAGAUCACCCAUGUUACCAUCCAGAUCGAGCGCGACUGAUCAACGUCUUCUCAUACCCAAUUGAUUUUCCAAUUGGAUCAUAUAUCAUUGACGCUACUGCCACAAACCACAAACACAAACACUGUCCUCUAGAAAAUAACCAAGCGAAUAAUCGAGUUUUUACCAACCAUUAGCCA